AUGGACGCCCACCUUGCCACCACCCUCCGCACGGCGGAGACGCUGCUCCUCAGUCCGCCCGUCCAGGUCGUGCCCGACGCCGUGCUGCGCGACUCCUGGCGCGUCGCGUCGCAGCUCGACGCGCGCGCGCCCGCCGACGUCCUGGCGGGGCUCGACCCGGCGACGGCCCGGGGCAGCGUCGAGGGCUGCCUCUUCCAGCUCAAGCUCUUCCGCAUCUUCCUCGGGCGGCUCUGCGAGCCCAGCGACGAGCCGGCGGCGGCGCGCCUCGCCGAGGCCGUCGCCGAGGUCCUCGGGGAGCUGCGGGACUCCGGCGAGAGCGGCGCGGCGCUCGUUAGGGCUUCCGGCGGCGAGUCGUCUUCCGAGUCGGAGUCGUCGGCGUCGGAGGACGAGCCCGACGCGCCCCUCGACGCCGGCGACGCCCUCGACGCGUCCAUCUCCAGCGACGACAGCGACGACGAGACCGCCGGCGCCGCGCGGCCCGCGGCGGCCGCCGUGCGCCUCGCGCUCGACCGCGCGUCGCGCGACCCGGUCAGCCCGCCGGCGGCGCUCGCGGCGGCCAUGGCGACCUACGCCGACGACGCCGCGGCCCUCGAGCUCGGCUGCGCGCGGCUCGCGGCCCACUACCGCGGGCAGGCGAGGCGGCGCGCGCGGCCGCGGCCCGACGGCGAGGCGACGGCGGAGGCCGCGGCCGUGUCCGCGGUCGUCCUCGGCGCCCUGCGCCAGGUCAACCUGGCCCCGACCCAGGGCGGCGCGGCGGCGCACCGGCGGUCGACGCUCGAGGCCGUCGCGGCGGCGACGGGCGGGCCCGAGGGGGCCGUCUUCGUCGAGCGCUUCGCCGCGCUCGGCGGGCUCGCCGCGCUCCUCGACACGCUCCAGCACGCGGCGCCGGACGAGGCCUCCCAGGUCGCGGGCCUCGGCGUCCUCGGCCACGCGAAAUUGUUGGAGCGCGACGUCACGCGGCUCUCGGCGCCGCGCGCGUGCCACGCGGUGCUGUCGGCGCUGUCGCGCCACGCGCGCUGCCCGCGGCUCGUGGGCCUCGCGGCCCUCUCCCUCGUGAACAUCGCCCACCGCGACAAGGCGGCCGCGGGCGCCAUCGCGGACGGCGGCGGCUGCCACCUGCUGGUGUCGGCGCUGUUCGGGCUCGCCGGCGACGACGGCGACGUCCGCGCGGCGCACGCGGCCGGCGCCUGGGCGCUGGGCGCCCUCGCGCCCCUCGACGGCCUGCGCGAGGACGGCGCCACCGUCGCCGCGCGGUUCCCGAAGUCGCCCGCCGCGCGGAACGCGGCCCUCGCGCGGACCCAGCUCCAGGCCGCCUUCGACCGCGCCGACGGCGACGCGCGCCGCGACGGCGCCGCCGCGCCGGAGGACCCGCGAGGCUGCGUCGCGCCCGCAGCGCUCCCUGAUGAUGCGGCCAUCGCUGCUGUUCCACUCCCAACCUACGCCGCGGCCAUGGCCGUCGCCUACGGAUGCUGCUACGCGCUGGCGAAGACGUGCCUGCGCCAGGCGCCCUGCGUCGCCGUCGCCGGCGACGCCAUCUUCGGGCUGGUGUACUACCCCUUGCUCUUCGUCCUCGCCCUCGACGCGUCGUUCGACCUCUACGCCGACGCGACGCUGCGCUGGACGGGCACCACUUCAACGUCCGUCGUGCUCGGCAAGCUCCUGGUGUCGCGCAUGGUCGUGCACAUGCCGUACAUCUUUUUGAAGCGGUCGCGCGAGGAGGUCGAGCUGCGGCCGAUGUACGUCGUGCACCACUGCAUCGUCAUCGUGGCCUACGGCGCGGGCGUCGCGCGGUCGCUGUCCCACUUCUGGGGCGCGGCCGCCGCGCUCUGCGAGGCGACGAACGUGUUUUUGACCGUCGACGAGCUGCUCCUCUCCGCGCCGGGCGUCCGCGCGCGGCCGUGGCUCGCGGCGCCCCAGCGCUGGCUGCAGCGCGGCUUCAAGGCGGCCUACGUCGUCUUCCGGUUGGUGCUGUUCCCGUGCAUCCUCGCGACGAUGGCGCGCGACGUCCGCGGCAUGGCGCCGGCCGACUACGCGCGCCUCGGGCCCUUCGAGCUCGCCGUCUUCCCGGCGGCCGUCCUCUUCGUCUUCGGCCUCUCCGUGUCCUGGGCCGUCACGGCCCUGCGGCCGGACCCGCGCGCGCCGCCCGACGCGCCCGCGCUGCCCAUGAAGAAGGAGAAGAAGAAAGAGGAGGACGAGAAGGAGGAGGAGGGCGAGCACCACGACGACGAGGACUACGAGGACUUCGACCACGACCAGGCGGAGAAGCGCAUCAGCAACCUGAGCUACCAGAACGCGGAGAUCCGGACCAACGUCUGCAAGGUCAUCGAGACGCACACGGGCGUCGUCUUCGGCGACGACGACGCCGCGGCCGUGCCGGACAUGGACUACUACUGGUACGACGAGCCGACGGAGCGGGGCUACGGCGUCUCCUGGGCCGAGGGCUGCUACUCCUUCCGGCUCUCGACCUGCGGGCGGGCCAUCUGCCGGUCGCACGUCGACCUCGUGCGGCACCAGGUCUUCGAGGUCGUCGUCAACGGCACGAUCGGCCUCGUCGCCGUCGCCUUCACCAUGCACCUCGUCGCGCGGCCGGACCUGAGCAAGCCGAGCGACGCCCGGCUCUGGUUCUUCGUCGUCUUCGUCAAGUACUGCUCCAUGGUCGUCUUCGCGGCGGAGAUGGUCGUCAAGGUCGUCGCCGAGGGGUCGCGGCCCCUGCGGUACUGGACGGGGCCCGAGUCGACGAUCAACACCUUCGAUUCGACCAUCGUCAUCCUGUCCUUCGCGCUCAUGGGCGGCGGCGGCGGCGAGGCCAUUUUGCCGGUUUUACGCCUCGCGCGGCUCGCGAAAUUAUUAAACCGGACCGCGGAGACGCGGCGCGUGCUCUACGGCAUCAUCGCCGGCUGCCGGGCCAUGGUGUCCAUCAUCGUGCUCCUGGGCCUCAUCAUGUUCCUCUACGCGAUCAUCGGCGUCAAGUCGUUCGGCGAGAACGACCCGGCCCACUUUGGGACCGUCCCCAUCGCCAUGCUCACGCUCUUCGUCGCGUCGACGUGCAGCGACUGGAGCCACAUGCUCCAGAUCAACUACAAGGGCUGCGACAAGGGCGGCGAGGACUGGCCCUACUACGACGCGGACGAGCUCACGGAGUUCCGCACGUACGUCGGCGAGUUCUACAACUACGACUGCUACGACCCGACGCCGCGGAAGCUCGACGCGAUCGUCUUCUUCUACUCCUACACCAUGCUCACGGCCUUCGUGGUCCUCAACCUCUUCAUCUCCGCCAUCGACAUGGCCAUGUUCGACAUUCUGUACGCGGAGAACGAGGAGGACUUCGAGGAGACCGCCGCCAAGGACCCGGACUGCGCCGCGGCCGCGGCGGGCCUCGAGGCGAUCCAGAGCGCGGCGGCGAAGCGCAUGAGCGUGCUCGACCCGACGGCGACGGCCGCGGCCGCGGCCGAGGACCCGGACGCGGCGCUCAAGAAGCGGAGGAAGCGCGCGUCCAUCGCCGCGGACGCGGGCCUGAGCAACCCCGUGAACAUGAAGCCCACGGUGAAGAACGACGGCGAGGAGAGCUCGCGGUCCUCGGCGACGGGGCGGCCCUUCGCGAUGACCCAGGUGCUCACGUACGAGAACAUCCGGAACAUCUACGCGGACGUCGAGGUCGCCGCGUCCACGGAGGAGCUCUGCGAGCAGGUGCUCAACGGGCCGGAGAUGAAGAACUUCGAGGACACGCUGGACCUGAUCCUCAUCCCGCGCGUGCGCAAGCACAUCGACCUCACGCAGAUGGAGGAGAAGGUCAACGACGUCGUCGCGCUCUGCCGCCGCGUGCUCCGGUCGCGCUACUUCCCGGUCCUCGUCGUGACGUCCAUCGUCGCCGCGGGCCUCAUCGAGGCGCUCGCCGUGACGCCGUCGGAGCCCGUGUCGAAGCACAACCUGCACGUCAUCGACACGGCCGUGCUGUCCGUCUUCGUCCUCGAGUGCGCGAUCAAGAUCACGGCCUGCGGCGAGGCGCCCUACCGCUACUUCGCCGACUCCUGGAACGUCUUCGACUUCCUCAUCGUCUGCGUGCCCGGCGUCGCGAUGCUCCGGCUCUGCCGGCUGUUGAAGCUCGUCAACUUCUACCCGGCGCUGAGCGUCGCCGUGUCGUCGCUGCUCAAGGCGUCGUCGAACGUCUUCUACGCGUCCAUCGUCCUCGUGCUGACGGUCUACGUCUACGCGGUCGUCGGCAUCCUCCUCUUCCGCGUGAACGACCCGGGCCACUUCGGGAACCUCGCGCAGGCCGUCGCGGCGGUCUGGGCCGUGUGCACCAUGGACGGCUGGGACGUCAUCAUGUACGUGAACAUGUUCGGCUGCAGCCGCUUCGGCUACCCCUUCAACGAGGUCCCGUGCGAGAACUCGCGCGCGUUCGGCUGGGUCGCGGCGCUCUACUUCGUGUCGCUCAUCUUCUUCGGCGCCUGGAUGCUGCCGACGGUGAUCAUCGGCAUCACGACCAUCGCCUUCGCCGAGUCCACGGAGGAGAUCAAGGAGGAGUACGCGCAGCUGAAGCUCGGCGACGAGGCGUCGCGCAAGGCCGCGCGCAUGUUCGAGACGCCCGCGAUGGACAAGAGCUUCCUGCCCCAGAUCCACGACCUCUACCGCCGCCUCGCCGAGUGCCAGGCCAAGGGCAAGCAGAUCGAGUUCCACCUCGACAGCACGCGCCAGCAGGAGUGCAACACGGGCCUCCGGGACCUCACGCUCCGGCCGCUCCUCAAGUUCGUCUCCACAAAGUACAAGCACGGCCUCUGCCCGCCGAACCGCCCCAUGAAGGACCGCGAGGCCAACGCCAUCAUCGCGUCGACCUGCGGCGACCGCUACCGGAGCGCCCUCUGCGCCUGGCCCGUGUUCCUCUUCCUGCUGAACUUCAUCCGGUGCUCCGCCGAGUACGAGCACGCGCCCGCGCCCGACGACGAGGAGAGCGACGAGGACCUGGACCUGGGCAAGCGCAAGGGCCAGAAGAAGAAGCCGGGCAAGCACAGGAAGAAGAAGCUGGCCCCCAAGGUCCAGCGCAGCCUCAUCGGGCGCAUCAAGGACAAGUACGUCGGCGCGUCGAAGACGCACUCGGACGCGCGCGCGGGCGACGACGUCGUCGGCGACCUCGGGGACGCCGCCGCGGAGGGGCUCGUGGGCGCCAUCGACGGCCUGGGCGACAUCGCCAUGGGCUCCGUGUCCGGGCUCGCGGGCCUCGACGCGGAGCCCGUGGACAACACGAAGGCCGUCCGCGCGGCGCUCGCGGGCGCGGACGACAACUACUCCUGCGCCGGCGGCUUCCAGCAGUACCUCGACGGCGCGAAGAAGCCCGACACGCCCGAGGAGGCCUUCUUCUGCUCCGCGGACCGCAACGGGUUCCUCGACGGCGGCAUCUUCGACCUCGUCGUCGACCGGUCCCCGGCCGAGGCCAAGACGGCCCAGUCGUCGCCGUGGCGCACGACGUCGCCGACGCCCGUGUGCAGGCCGUCCCAGGCCUCGACGUCGUCGCUCGGCGCGAAGACGGACGCGUCGGCGUUGGGCCCGUCGACCUUGGUCCAGGCGACGCCGUCGGCCGACUCCGCGAGGCCCGACGUGCCCGUCGGCAGGAAGCCCACGGAGCCGUCGGACCAGUUGCCGUCGUUGCCGUAG